CCUACAGUCUGAGACGCAGGUCAUUUAUAUUUGAGAGAGAGAGUUUGACAACUUGAGAGUGGACAAUUAAAGAUCGGCAUAUUAAUUCAUGACCUGUCCUUUUGAAACAUUUUCUAUUGUGUAGCUGCACUAGACUGAGAAGCAUAUUGCUUCAGACUGACUGGCAGUUGAUAAGAUACCUGGAUUUAGAUUACUUUACAUAUCCUAGAGAAAAGAUUAUCCAAGGACUCCCACACUGAUUGUGGAAAACUCAACCACUUGAUUAAUCCAGGAGAAGCUCACUGGAAAGAGUUUUAAGUAGACCAUUAUCUUCAGAUGCAGCUGAAAAUAUUCCUCAACUUCCUCUUCAUCCACAGCCUGGUUCUGAGCUCAUCCUCGGAGGAGGAGGACACAGGGAGCAGUGAGAAUGAGAGUGAGGAACAUCACCCCAAGGGUGCAGCUCAUGGACACUGGGGAUAUGAAGAUCAGGACGAAUGGCCGGCUGCCUUUCUGUAUUGCAGUGGAAAGUCCCAGUCCCCCAUUAACAUUGACACAAAGGCAGCCAUCUAUGACCCGAGACUGCCAUCUAUAGCUUUGGAGGGCUAUGAUCUGACAGAUGGGUCCUCACUGAUGCUGCUAAAUAAUGGACAUACCUUGCAACUGAGUCUACCAAGUACCAUGCACAUUGUCAGCGGCUUCGACCAUGUUUACCUAGCAGCCCAGUUGCAUUUCCACUGGGGGACUGUUGAGGUGCCCGGCUCCGAACACACUGUUGAUAACAUCCACUUCCCCGCUGAGAUCCACAUAGUUCAUUACAACUCUAAAUAUGCCAAUCUGUCGGAGGCAGUCAACAAACCUGAUGGCUUGGCAGUACUAGGGGGCUACAUUGGUGUCGGUCUCCAUGAAAAUGCAAACUAUGAGAAAAUCCUAUCAGCGCUCACUGAUAUCAGCAUUGAAGAGUCAAACACUCAGAUCCCAGGCUUCAACAUGCGUCACCUGCUGCCCAAAAACCUCAAACGUUUCUAUAGGUACAAUGGCUCCCUGACAACUCCACCUUGUUUCCAGACGGUCAACUGGACCAUUUUCAACGACACCAUCACUGUGUCCAGGAAACAGCUGGCAGCUUUAGAGGACACUCUGAAGGUGGGAUUUAGUCAGCACCUAAACAAGAACUUCCGAGCUCCACAGUCUCUUCAUGGGAGACAAGUUCUGGCUUCUUUCACAGAUGCCUCUGUUCCCGAAGAAGGGCUGUCAAAAGGUGAUAUUCUUGCCAUUGCUUUUGGAGCCCUUUUUGGAACAACCUUGCUGUUAUUCACAGCCUAUGCAUACCAACAGCGUAAAGAAUACUCAGAUGUUAAAAAGGAUUCCAAACAUAACGUUAUUUAUAAGCCAGCGACGAAAGAAGAGGUAUAGGUAGAGGAUUCAACAGUCACAUUUGUUUUUGAUUUUUCUUUUUACAGAUACAGACGCAAAGUCUGUUAUAUAGUCCCAUUUGUCACUGACAUUAACCAUUGUAUGUGAAAUAUGCAGAUAAAAUGCAGCAGUUCCAAAUAAACAUUUUAUAUAUAGAUUAUAUAACAGUCUGUACAAUUUAUGGUGGUGAGACGGUGGCAAAAUGUAUUUGAUUUGAAUGAAACAGCAGUAUCUGCAGCCAAUUGGAUGUACAGGACAUUUUGAUGCAACCUUUUUUCCACAUUUUUGAUCAUUGAGUCCGAGUACUCAAGAAAUCCAUUUGUUCCAUAUAGUUGGAUACGUGCAGGAGAAAGUGUUGAAUUGCAUUGGAAUUUGGUUGCAUGUUAUGUUUUUGUAAUCAUUAUCCUCAAAAAUAACAUUUUGUAGUUUAUAGUUACUUUCUAACUAGGCUUUACACAACUGUAUUUUGAAGCAAAAUAUAACUUUGAAAUGUUCAAUAAAUGU